AUGGCAGACCAGGCGCGAGCCUCUCGCCGGAGGCGCACGAGGUUCACCGAGUACCAGCUGUGCGAGCUGACCGCGUACUUCACCAUCACCCAUUGCCCCAAGUGGAAGGAGCUUCAGGAGCUGGCCUCCAGGCUGCAGCUGGACUCGUCUGUGGUGAGGGCUUGGUUUAAGAACCAGGUGGUCAAGUUGAAGAAGCAGCAGCAAGCCGGAUCUUCGCCCAUGUCAUCUCCAGCAGCCUCCCCUGGCCAGGCCACCACCGAGGCCUGGGUCCCUGGGGCCACCGCCCUCAGCCCCCAGCUGCCUUCCGAAAGUGGGGACCACCAAGGCCCACAAAGGCCCCAGGAGUCUGCAGUGCCUGCCGUCCCCGGACUCCCUGUCUCGCCACCAUCUCAGUCCCUCGAGGCUUUGGAGGUGCCCUGGACAGAUCCCCUCCCCUGCAGCACAGAAGAGCUUGUCCACAUCUACACCACGUCUGAGGAAGAAGACUUCUCCAGCCUAGAGAAGUAUCUUUUUGGGGAAUCAGAAUCCCUAGACCUGCACAUCCCCGACACGAAGUCAGACAGCUCCACGCCCGAGCCCUGCGUAUGCACCACCCUCCAUGCGUACGUGACCCCUUCCAUUCCUGCAAGAGCCAAGUGA